GGACGCGCGCGGGGCGAGGCAGGGACAGACACGGAAGUGAGUCCACUUCCGGUUCAUGGCGGGCACCGGAAGCUGCGUCUCCUUACUUGGGAUGUGACUGGCUGAGUGGAGCGCUAGUGGGCCUGUCAGGACGGCCAGGGGGAGGGCGCUGCGUGGGGGGCGGGGUUUGGGCCGGUGGACGGAGGCCGUGCGGCGCGGCGGGAGGGAUGGCGGCGGCGGAGGCGGCGGAGCCUGGAAACCUGGCAGGUGUCCGGCACAUCCUCCUCGUCCUCUCGGGAAAGGGGGGGGUCGGGAAAAGCACCAUCUCCACGGAGCUGGCCCUGGCCCUGCGCCACGCGGGCAAGAAGGUGGGCAUUCUCGACGUGGACCUGUGUGGCCCCAGCAUCCCCCACAUGCUUCGGGCGCAGGGCAGGGCCGUGCACCAGUGUGACAGCGGCUGGGUCCCCGUCUUUGUGGACCAGGAGCAGAGCAUCUCUCUCAUGUCCGUGGGCUUCCUGCUGGAGAGCCCGGAUGAGGCUGUGGUGUGGAGGGGCCCCAAGAAGAACGAAGCUGGAGGGGAACCUGCGUCCAGGCACAGACCCCUCCCCAGGGGGAUCACAGCUCCUGGCUCAGGCCUGAGCAGAAGUCUCGGGUGGCCGGGGUGGCCCCACAUCCGGGAAGAGAGAGCGCUGAUAAAGCAGUUCGUGUCUGACGUGGCCUGGGGACAGCUGGAUUACCUGGUCGUGGACACGCCCCCCGGGACCUCUGAUGAGCACAUGGCCGCUGUGGAGGCGCUGCGCCCCUAUGGCCCGCUGGGGGCCCUCGUGGUCACCACGCCACAGGCAGUGUCUGUGGGGGAUGUGAGGCGGGAGCUGACCUUCUGUAGGAAGACGGGGCUGCAGGUGGUCGGGGUCGUGGAGAACAUGAGUGGUUUCGUCUGUCCCCACUGCACAGAGUGCACCAACGUCUUCUCCCAGGGAGGCGGGGCGGAGCUGGCCAGACUCGCCGGAGUCCCCUUCCUGGGCUCUGUGCCUCUGGACCCUGAGCUCACCAGGAGCCUGGAGGAAGGUGGAGACUUCAUCAGGGACUUCCCUCAGAGUCCCGCCUUCCCCGCGCUCUCCUCCAUAGCCCAGAAGGUUCUGAGCGAGGCGCCCGCUCGGCUUUCCUGACCAAGGCAACCCCCUCUCGCGUCUGGCCGCGCACGCUCAGACCUAAGCAGAGGCCGUGGCCGUGCGGGCCUCUUUCUGUGCCCUUCCCCGCAUCUUGGGUUUCCAGGGCCUCUGGCGGUAGAGCGGCGGACAGUGGGUGGUUCUGCCCGGCGGGCGGGUGGCAGGGCCCGGGAGAAGGUGUGGGGUCCUAGUGGCUGAACUCUCAGGUGAUGGCGCGUGCACCCCCAGGCCCACGGCUAGGCUGUCGUUCGCAGCCAAGGCUCCACGUGGUCACAACACCUACACGUCUGGAGAAACCCUAGGGGCAUCUGCUGUCCUCAGCGCCUCCCGCCAUCCUCGGUGCCAUCGUGAGCGAUGCCGGGACAGCGGGGAGCGUCUUGCAAGGCGUUAGACUUAAAUUCAGAGGAACCCACGAUUAAAAGUGUCCCACUGCCGCA